AUGCUCCGACCGACUUUUUCUCUCGUUUCCGACCUCACUCCCCGUCUCAAUCCCACUCCUUUACGGCUUCUUUCACGUACUCCCCGAUCAGGGUCUCCUUUCAUUCACCCCCGGCGAACUCCCCGACUCUACUCUACCGAAUCAAACCCUUCCGUUCACCCGCCUCCCCCUCCGCGGUCGCGCCUCCGCCGCAUCGCAGGCUUCACCUCAAUCGCAGUCCUCGCGUUUACCCUAGGCCUUGUCUACCAAACCCAGCUCACCGUCUCACGAAUCAUGUCCGCCGCAGUUUUAACCGACGAGGAGACCCUCUCCGCAUACAUGCCCGCAGACGCGCGGGCCGCGGAGAUCGAGCAACACCUCCGCAACCACCCCGAAGCCGAGAAGCUGCGUGCCAACCCGGACUUCAAGGAAGCGCGCCCGCACCUUAAGAUCCCCGAGACUCUGCGCCCGCGCAGUCUGACAGCGGGUACAUUGUCAGGACCUAACAAGAUUGUCGUGCCGCCGCUGGUCUUCAGCGAGAAGGGUGGCAAGAGCAUGGUCUCGCUCAUGUACCUGGGCUCGGAUAUGUGCGGCCACAUUGGUAUCAUCCACGGGGGUUUGCUGGCUACAUUGCUGGACGAGGGUCUGGCGCGUUGCUGUUUCCCCGCGCUGCCGAAUAAGGUCGGCGUUACAGCCAACUUGAAUAUUGAUUAUCGCGCUCCGGCUAUGGCGGACUCCUACGUCGCUCUCCGGGCCGAGACCGUCAGGGUGGAGGGUCGGAAGGCGUGGGUCGAGGGGCGCAUCGAGACUCUCCCGGAGGACGGUAAGGAGCCCGUGGUGCUGGUUGAGGCCAAGGCCUUGUUUAUCGAGCCCAGGCAGGCUGCUGCAAUGUCAAACUUGUACCGUGGCGUGACGGAGUGA